AUUAUUAUAUAAUAUAUAUAAAUAGAAUGAAUAAUGCACUGAAUCUAGCGGUGUAUGAGUCUAUGCACUGUAUUCGGCGCCGGUUCUCCGCCGGCGCCGAAUUCCGGGAAUCCCUAUAAGAACUAUAUGCAUGUAUCUAAUUUAUUACCUCUUCCUGACGCGUGUUCUUUUUAUCGAAAUUCACAUACAUGUGUCUAUAGAGAGAAACAGAGUGUCAGAGUGACUUCGUAACGAAGUAAAACCCAGAAAAGAGAAGAAGAGUUCUCAUGGCGGAAGUGAAGAACAAGCAGGUCUUACUACGAGACUAUGUCUCUAGUAACCCAAAAGAAUCAGACAUGUAUGUAACCACUUCUACUCUCAAACUCAAGCUUCCACAAGCCUCUAAUGGUGUUUUGGUUAAGAAUCUCUAUCUGUCCUGCGACCCUUGUAUGGUAAAUUGUAUGAAGAAGCAUCUCAAUCCUGCUUCUUAUGUAGAUUCUUUUAAACCCCAUUUGCCAAUUAGUGGGUUUGGAGUGGCUGAAGUGUUGGAAUCUGGGGAUUCGAAUUUCAAAGUGGGAGAUUUGGUUGGGGGAAUUACUGGGUGGGAGCAAUAUAGUAUCAUAGAUCAAACUGAGUCACUUUGCAAAAUUCACCUCACUGAUCUUCCACUGUCUUACUAUGCUGGUAUUCUUGGUAUGCCUGGUAUGACUGCUUACACUGGUUUCUAUGAGCUUUGCUCUCCAAAGAAAGGAGAAUACGUCUUUGUUUCGGCGGCCUCGUGUGCAAUCGGUCAGCUUGUUGGGCAGUUUGCAAAGCUGAUGGGUUGUUAUGUGGUGGGCAGUGCUGAAAACAAAGAAAAAGUUGAUUUGUUAAAGACCAAGUUUGGAUUUGAUGAAGCUUUCAACGAUGAAGAAGAGGCUGAUUUGGGUGCAGCUUUAAAAAGGUACUUUCCUGAAGGAAUAGAUAUAUACUUUGAAAAUGUUGGGGGAAAGUUGCUUGAUGCAGUGCUACUAAAUAUGAGAUUCAAUGCUCGAAUUGCUGUGUGUGGAAUGAUCUCACAGUACAAUCUUGAGCACCCUGAAGGCGUUCAUAACUUAAUGAACCUUAUUACCAAACAAGCUCGAUUACAAGGAUUUGUAGUGACUAACUACUAUCAUCUCUACCCCAAGUUUCUUGAGUUUAUUCUACCUUUCAUCAAACAAGGGACCAUCAUCUAUGUGGAAGAUGUUGCUCAAGGCUUGGACAAUGCCCCUGCAGCUCUUGUUGGUCUAUUAGCUGGCUGCAACAUUGGAGCACAAAUAGUUGCUGUUUCAUGAUUUGUGGCCUAGUUGGGAUGGUUCUCUACUAGCUAAUCUGCAAACCCCACCUAAUCAUGUAUCUGCGUACAUUGGGUGUAUUAGUACUGUUUGUGUUGUGUUGCAAUGCAACACAAAUUGUUUACACCUUACUUCACCAAGAAUCGACUGUGUUUUUGUUAAUCAAACUUAUACAGUUCAUUUUAGUUUUGUCUAUGAUUUGUUUUCUGUGUAUAUAAUAUAAUAAGUAUAUUAUAAAUAUAUGUUUAUCUUAAUAUUAUUAUUAUUUGUUUC